AUUUAGAAGAUGAAGAAAAAACAGUUGAAAUUAUACAUCACAGAAAUUUAGAUCAGUUUGGUGAUACCUUGUCACAGUCGUUGGCAUCAUCUAUACAAACUAUGAUGAACAAUGUCAGUGUUGAUGUUGAUAAGAAGGAGAUAUUAACGGCUCCGGGGCUUUGGGUAGAGCUUACUGUUUUAAUAUUCGCAAUAUUAUUGACAUGCUUUAUGUUAAUGCCCAUCUUGACAACUAGAAAUCCAAAAAUGUUGUUGCCACUUAGUAUACUGGAUUUUGGAAUCAUAUCCAAUUCCAUUUUCAAAGAAUAUAAUGAUGAUGGCAGCUACAAUCAAAAAAUUUCUUGGCCAUUUGAUAUAGUUUAUUCACAAGAUAAGUCGUAUCGUUUGACUUCGGCGAAUGAAUCAGCCGAUAAUUAA